CACGUGGCCGGUUUUUACUUUGCAAAUGGCUUUUGUCUGCUUCUGAGUGCUGCCCGUGUCCAUCCCGGCGGGAAGAGCUUCGCGGUGCAAAGGUGGCAUUGCAGUAAUUCUUCUCGCCUUCUGUCCCCUGGGGGAGAAGGGGGGGGGGGGGGGGGAGACAGUUGCAAUCGAGGCAUCUGGUUUUUGAUCCAGCGACUGUUGUUGCACUGUUGGGAGCUCCGCUGCACCAUGCGCCACACGAUAGAAGUGUCAAUCCCGUCCUUCCGAUACGAGGAGAGUGAUCUGGAGAGAGGAUACACGGUAUUUAAAAUUGAAGUACUCAUGAGUGGAAGGAAGCACUUUGUAGAGAAACGGUACAGUGAAUUUCAUGCACUGCAUAAAAAGCUGAAGAAAAGCAUCAAAGCACCUGAAAUGCCUUCAAAGCACGUGAGGAACUGGGUACCUAAAGUCUUAGAACAGCGACGCCAUGGUUUGGAAGCCUACCUCCAGACAAUUCUGAUUGAAAAUGAAGAACUGCCCAAGAUAUUCUUGGACUUUCUUAAUAUUCGCCAUCUUCCUUCUCUUCCAAAAAUUGAAAGUUGUGGCUCCAUUGAAGACUAUGAAUCUGAAGAAUUCAGCAAACUAUCCCACCAGCCAGUGCUGCUUUUCCUGAGGGAUCCAUACAUCUUGCCCACAGCCACCGAUGACUUCCCAAACGUAGUGAUUGAAGGUGUUCUACAUGGUACGUACUACCCAUACCUUCAAAUAAGGUAGAGUGGAUUCUACACAAAAGGCAUCUCUGGAGAUCCAGUGCCAACAGUUAUUGGAGGUGUACAUGUUUUUAUAAGAAACUGUUGGUUCUCAACGUUCUUCCUUGACAGGAUGCACAUUUUAAGGUUAUUAUACCAUUUAAUUUUAACUUUUACAUUAUUCAUUUAAUUAAUGUCUAUAUAUAAAGCAGACUUCCAUGUAAAUGCUUAUCAAUGAAUGUGAUAUUUCAGCAUAAAUCAUGAGUAUGGAACUAAUGAAUACUAUGGAAAUAUUUUUGUGUAAUUUUAAAGUCAAAUGUAUUAGUUCAUUAUUAAGUAGAGAAUAUUUCUGUUUUAUGGCUUAGAUGUAUUUUCCAGUUUGAAAUAAAAACUCUAAUCAAUAUAGCAACAGUUGAAGUUGGACAAUGUAAGAAUGUUUGUUGCAUUUAAUUAUGUAGAAUGAAAAAAUAUUUAUCACUAAAUCACAUUACUGUCCUUUUUACUGUCAUAAUCUUAUUGAACAUUGAAUUGGUAAAACACUUCUUUAUUAGAAUCACUUGUUUUAUGUAA